AUGCCCCGUCUGUGCGCUCUGUGCGCUACCCAGCGGCCCAUUCUAAAGCGUCCAAAGACCGGCCAACAAAUCUGCAAGACCUGCUUCUUCCAUGUCUUCGAGACGGAAGUGCACAACACUAUCGUGGAGGCGCAGCUCUUCCAGCCCGGGGACAGGGUGGCUAUCGGCGCAUCGGGCGGGAAAGAUUCGACUGUGCUUGCACAUGUGAUGAAAACGCUGAAUGAUAGGUAUAAUUAUGGGCUGGAGCUGUUCCUGCUCUCGAUCGACGAGGGGAUAACUGGCUACCGAGACGACUCGCUCGAGACAGUCAAGCAAAACCAGAAGGAAUACAAUCUGCCGCUCAAGAUCCUAUCGUACAACGAGCUGUAUGGCUGGACAAUGGACUCGAUUGUGGAGGCAGUAGGUCGGAAGAAUAACUGCACGUUCUGCGGUGUAUUCCGUCGCCAGGCACUCGACCGCGGUGCUGCCAUGUUGGGUGUAGACCAUAUCGUAACUGGGCAUAACGCGGACGACGUUGCGGAGACUGUGUUGAUGAACAUUAUGCGUGGAGACAUCGCGAGACUGGGCCGCUGUACGGCCAUCUGUACGAAGGGAGAGGACACCAUCAAAAGGUCGAAGCCAUUCAAAUACACUUAUGAGAAGGAGAUCGUCAUGUACGCCUACUUCAAGCACCUCACGUACUUCUCCACAGAAUGUAUUUACUCCCCGGACGCGUACCGCGGCCACGCGCGGUCAUUCCUCAAACUUCUCGAGGCAGCGCGACCCAGUGCGAUCAUCGACAUUAUAUACUCCGGUGAGGCGUGUGAGGUUAGUGAGGAGGCUACCAAGGAGCUCAAGGAGCGGAAGACAUGCAAGAGGUGCGGGUACAUGUCCUCCAAUGACUUGUGUAAGGCGUGCACAUUGCUUGAAGGACUAGAAAGAGGGAUGGCUAGUGCUGGGAUCACGGAUCGAGGAAGGAAGCAGUUGGAGGCUUCAGGGCCUGCUCCAGACGGCCUGCGCACAAUCCCCUUCUUCCAGAUGAAUGCCCAGUCCCCUUCCCAGUCAGCCCCAGAUGAUGGUCGGGAUUCCGCCCCACCGAUGCCAGCGGUGGUUGGGGUCGAGGCAGGUUGAGUUCAGAUACUCAACCAUUCAGAUUUCAUUCUGGGAUUCUGAGGGCGCCGUUCAUCUCGGUCAUGAUAGGGCCGCUGGAGCUCAUGUAUCAUUAAUUUGGGUUUGCUGUAUCAUUC